CUCGCCCAGAAUCGGUGUCAGAAAAUCAAUAAUCAAAAAGCCAAAACUAACUAACAAACAAAAAAUAUUCCGUUUUACUCAACUCUACCGCACAACACAAAUAAGCUGAAAAAUCGCUUUCACUUUUUCACUUCUUCAAAUUUCUCAUUUCCAUGACUAUUGUAGCAGCUUCUUCUUCUUCACUGCUACUUUCUUCCGCCGCUGGAAUAAUGGAGCAAAAUUUUAAAAAAGAAGGGAUAUGUUACUCAUUAUCAUAUGGAGUAACUUGCAAUUCAAUCAAAUACGCUAUUGAUGGGCGAAGGGUGCAUGAUCUUACCAACACAAGAUGCAAAAGUCCAUUUUUUGGAUCACCGCGCUUCCUUUGGCUAUCCACAGCGCAUGAUUUCCUUUCAAAGAUUUGUGUUGCUGCGGACUAUUCAGAUUCCUUAUCUGAUUCAUACCAUCCCCUUGAAAAACUGAAAGUUUCCAAUGAUGUUCCACCAGCUAGACUCUCUUAUGCUGAAAUAGCUAGAACUACUAUUGAGGCUACUAAAGACGCUUUGCUAAUAUUUCCUGGUAUGGUACACUCUGAACGGCAUGACCAGAUUUCAUGGGCUGAGUCUCAAUUUGUUAUUGAUGAAUACGGAGAGAUAUAUUUUAGAAUAUUUGAUGACGAAAACCUUUUGGCAGAUCGUGGGGCAUAUAAUCCGGUGAAUGCUUUAUUUGGAAUGGACAUCCCAAUGUAUGAUAAUACAAGGAUAAUUAAUGAAUAUGACAUUUUCUAUGGUGGCAUCCCUGAUCCAUUCCUGAUUGAUGAUGAUUUUAUUGAGGUUCCCGAAAUUGAAGAGUUUAAUGCUCUAGUGAAUCCAAUUUACUUUUCGAAGUGCUUGGAAAAGGCUGUCAACAGGGAAUGUGAAAAGAGAAUGAGUCAUCCUUCGAAUGGUGUUUCCAUUCUAGGGAACCUUACACCAGCUUAUGCUGAUGAAGAGUUUUACAAAAGAAUGAGUGGUCUUGGAUAUAUGCCAGAUUUGGAAGGUUUUUUCCCAAAUCGUAUAAAUGAUGAAAGAGAGACUAAGUUUAUGUUCUAUAAGUUGGAGAUCGAACAAAUCAAGCUACACUGUGUGUAUGGAUCUCAGUCUGAAAUUAGCUUACUAGAGUUUCAAGAUGCUGAACCUGAUAUUCUUGUAUUCACUUAUUCGGAACUUCUCAAACGUUUCAACCGAAACUAUCAUGAUGCUCUUCAAGUGUUUUGCAAAAAGAAAGGUCUUGAUGCUGAGGAAGCACACUUGAUUGGACUUGAUAGCCUAGGUGUGGAUGUUAGAGUUUUCUCAGGGAAAGAAGUAAAAACUCAUCGCUUUUCGUUCAAAGUCCAGGCCAAGUCAGGAGAUAUGGCUGAAAAGCAGAUUGAGAAACUUUUGUAUACCCCAUCUCGGCGAAAAAAGAAUAUACAGCAGUCACGGCGGAGUAUCAAAAAACCAACAUGAAUUGAGUAUACCUAUACAACUUUAUUUUAAUACUUAAAAGUUUUGGCAAACGAGAGGUAAGGGCGUUGCUACUCUACCGAAUAAGAUCAGAGGUCGAGACAAUUAAGCUUGAACUUCAAUAGAGUCAUGGUGGUUACUGGUUACCCUUUUUCCCUACAUUACUUUCUCAUAGAUCUGACAUAUCAAAAUGUUAACUUUUUGUCUUUGCUGACAAGAAUAAAUUGUGAAGAUGUCAAUAGAUAGAACUGUUUUAAUGGCUUUACUAUAGUCCUGAUCAUCAUGGCCUGAGAAAAUUUUCUACUCAGGUUGUAAAUGUUUUCUUAGCAUUAUUUUAUGAAUAAUCCAUUAUGAUA